AUGUCUCUUACGGACAACACUCGUUCACUGUCCCUUCUUCCGCCCCCCGUUCGAACCAAAAUCCGUUCCACGCAAAUCCUCACUUCGCUCCCGCAAGUCAUAUCAGAGCUUGUUCAGAACUCGUUGGACGCCAACUCUCACCAUAUAGAGGUAGGCGUGGACUGUGAAGAGUGGGAAUGCUGGGUGAAGGAUGAUGGUGAGGGGAUGUCUAAAGAGGGUAUGGGUAUGUUGAGGAAGGCUGAGGAGGAAGGGCGGUAUAAUACCUCGAAGACCUAUGCGCCGCCUCCGGGGGUUGACACGCCGUCGACAUUUGGGUUUCGUGGCGAAGCACUGGCAUCUGCAGUAGAUAUAUCGUGCUUUGAAAUAUCUUCGCGUACUGCUAGUUCACGUCAAAGCUGGGCUCUGAUCAUAAAGAACGGCCAAUGUCUCUACGAGGGCUCCGCUGUUCGCUGGCGUCGUGAAACUCCAGGAACUGUCGUCUGUCUGCGUGACAUAUUCUAUAACUUGCCAAUCCGGCGUAUUUCCCACUCAAACCCUUCAAAAACGCUGGACCUCAUCCAAAAGGAAAUGCAGUCAUUUGCGCUGGUUUUCCCGGAAGUCUCUUUUUCCGUUGAAGACACCCACAAAGCACGCGAAGUAGGGAGUGAACGGGCGAGAGUAACGAGCAUUCCAAAGGUACGACCAAUCAUCCAUGUAGCAGAUGGGGUCGCUGCAUGUCGCGUUGGUGGUGGCUCAACAAACUAUUUGCAUACGUUCUGCGGUGUAGAUGUCAAUAGACAUCUCCUCUCACCGACUUCCCUCCAUCACCUAAUCGAGGACCUAUUCUCAAACAGUUCGUUCACGAAGAACGCCCUCGACGAAGCAGGCGCGACUUCACUCCCUCCUUCCCGCCGCUCGCCUCGCAAAUCGGAAUGUAAACCCGUCUAUGUCCUCAACCUUACUCUCCCUCCCCGAACGGUCGAUAACGGCUUCGAACCCAGUAAAUCCACCGUUCGGUUCGCGAACAAUGAUACUGUCACCACCCUCUUGACCUCCGUCAUCCGCUCCUUCCUCAUAAAACACGGCUUCUUAUCCGCUAAAUCUAGUAGCCGCACAAAUAUUGCUGGUGUCGAGGCGCGUGGUGGGUCGCCGAGGAAAAGGCAGAAAUUGAACUCUGAGGUAGAGAAUGAGCGUACUCACCAUAUGGCUGAACGGAGACCGAGGAGUGCUUCGGCUGCGAUAUCGACAACUAAUGCUAGAGCCAGGGAGAAUAACAAUGGGUCAUCUAGACCUGGAUCAGCAAGGGAGCCCACACCCUCAUCGACGCCCGUUCACGACCCGGCCGAAUCCAUAAUCUGGACCGACCCACAUACCAAAAUAACCUACCUCGUCGACCCACGGACCGGCAACUCGUACCCGCGAGACAGUCGAAAUGCAACGGAUGGUGAUCCCCAGCGUGAACUAGGGCCUGGUCUUACAGAAAAUAUAAGUGGAAAGCGCACAUUGGAUGAGGGAAAGGGCACAGUUGGUGAAGAGACGCCGGAAUGGAUUGUUAAGGCUUUGAAGGUCUCGUUUCUCUACUCUGAUUUCUUGCCGAUAGUCCAGAGCCACGGAAAAAUGGACACUAACGCGAUCCGUUUCUUCGACUCUCUCCCCUCCUCGUCCUCAUUCCACCCAAAGCCUUCUCAAGCCAACGGACCGCAUAAAUCUCAUCGCUUUCGAAGAGAAGACCUCAAAGACGCGGAGGUGAUCGCACAAGCGGACCGGAAAUUCGUGGUUUGUUGUAUUGAUGAGAGGGUUCCGUCAGCCACGAAUGUAGAAGAGGGUGGUGAGCCAGGGAGGGGGACGGGAGGAAGUGACCAUGGUCGUGCAUUGGUGUUGAUCGAUCAGCAUGCGGCGUCGGAGAGAGUGAGGGUUGAGAGGUUUUUGAAGAGAAUUUGUGUGAGGUUCUUGACUGGAUCAAAGGAUGGGAAGGGGAAGGGUAAAGAAGGAGAUGGUAUCGAAGAGGAGCAGGAGGAGGUAAUGGAGCUCGAGCCGCCGAAGCCUGUGUUGUUGACGAUGAGGGAAGUAGAGAUUUUGAGGGAGAAAGAGGAUGUAAGGGCGUUGCUGAGUAGGUGGGGGAUCGAUGUUCUGUUCGAAGGAGAAGGAGAGGCGGAUGUCGAGAAGGAUAGGAAUGCGGCGUAUGGUCAAGUAUGGGUGAUGAGCGUACCAGAGGUUGUGGUGAAGAAGCUUCUAGCCGGUAACGAGCUUCAAGAGCUCAUAAAGGGAUUUCUCGCGAGCGUCGAGAACGAUGAGAUUCCUGGCACUCCUCCAGCGAUUGACUAUGCGUCAGACAAGGACCUCGAAUCAGAUUCAACGGACGAUUUUUGGUGGCAGAAGGCUUUGCGGUGGUGUCCUCGUGGUUUGUUGGAUUUGGUGAACUCCAGGGCUUGUCGAGGGGCAAUCAUGUUCAAUGACACACUGAAUUUGGAGCAAUGCGAGCGACUUCUUGCACGAUUAUCAGAAACAGCAUACCCUUUCCAAUGUGCUCAUGGAAGGUAA